CCUCCCCACUCUACCUCCCGUGUCACCCACUUACAUCUUUUCUACUGAGCCGCAGGACUGCUUGGGUAGAAGCAAAUAUUUUUCAUCGCUAAUCUGUAUCUGCAGUUUAGCAAAUUGUACCCACAGAUUACUAAACUGUACCCACAGUUUAACAAUAACCCGGAAACGGUCGUCCAUAGUUUGGUUUUCUGGGGGACUCCAAACGCCGACGGAUAAAGCAAGCAGCUGCACACGGGUUGCCCUUGAUGAACAAAGGUGUUUUGAGAGGCCUUGACGACCCUAGCCGUCAGAUGAUGCAGCCCCCACCGUACAUCCCAGGCCCGCAAGAUCCAAAUGUACCGCAGCAACACCCCAACAUGGCACCCGGCGCCCAACCGAGCUAUCCCGCGCCACCGCCGCCCCCGGGCUCGGAGGGAUAUCUCCAAGAGGCUCCCUUCCCUUAUAACCCCAUGGGAACUCCGGGGGGCCCACAAGGCUACACCGUCCAAACUCAGGGCCCCGGAGGAACCAUGCCUCAUCCUCCAGUGGGAUACAUCCAGCCCGGGUACCCUCUUCAGCUGCAACCGUGCACUGCUUACGUUCCUGUCUACCCCAUGGCGUCAGGACAGCCCUACAUGCCUGCUACAGGAGGCCACCCAGCGAUGCCACAGGGUCAAAUUCACCCCAUGCAAAUGCCGCCCAACAUCACCUUAAUGGAUCGCCGGCCGCCACAUGACUACCUGCCCAUCGCUGUGCUCACGACAGUGUGCUGCUUUUGGCCUACUGGCAUUAUCGCCAUCAUCAAAGCGGUGCAGGUGCGUACAGCCAUCGCCAGAGGGGACAUGGUGACGGCAGAGAUCGCCUCCCGCGAGGCUCGCAACUUCUCCUUCAUCAGCCUGGCCGUCGGCAUAGCCUCCAUCGUGCUGUGCACCAUCCUCACCGUGGUGGUGAUUAUCGCCUCGCAACAUCACGACGACGACUGGGAACCGUAACGACACGGGGAAGGGGAAGAGGGCUAUGUGAAACAUCAGCUUAGAUAAUAAAAUGGAAACAGGAGCAUUGAUGACAUACACAACCACAUGACUAAACACUCCGCUAUCAUACAAAUACAGUGGUAUGAAAACGUAUCUGAACCUUUUGGAAUAUCUCACAUUUGUGCAUAAAAUCACAUUGAAAUGUUAUCUGACCUUUGUCAAAAUCACACAGAUGAAAAAACAGUGUCUGCUUUAACUAAAACCACCCAAACAUUUAUAGGUUUUCAUAUUUUAAUGAGGAUAGCAUGCAAACAAUGACAGAAGGGGGAAAAUAAGUAAGUGCAAUUGAAACCAGUUUUACCAAACAUUUUAAGUAGGGUUGUUCCGAUCAUGAUUUUUUGCUCCCGAUCGUUUUAGUUUGAGUAUUUGCCGAUCCCGACAUUUCCCGAUCCGAUUGCUUUUUUUUUGCUCCCGAUUCAAUUCCAAUCAUUCCCGAUAAUUUUUCCCGAUCAUAUACAUUUUGGAUUUGCAUUAAGAAAAAAAUGAACAAAACUCGGACGAAUAUAUACAUUCAACAUAAUGAUACUGCAGCCAUUUAACUUCUGCCCAAAUGCAUGAUGGGAAGCGCCACCAAUUGAUAUAUCUUCUCUGCGUUGGGAAAGAACGUAGGGUGUUAAGAAAAUGAUUAACUACUACCUUCCUUCCCACAUUGCCUCCCACGUUAUUUUUAACUGCUGAGAGAGGUAUUGUAAGGCUUUACCCACAUAAAAAAUGGCUCCAAAGGUUGUCAAAAUUAUUCCUACUCAUUAUACGCUGCCUUUUAGCGCUAUCUAUAGGUAAAACGGCGUCAUUAUAGAUCGAACGCGACAAUGCGUGAGUGGGUCGUGCAGCGCAUGCGUUGAUUAUUUAACGUGAUUAAUUAAAAAAAACAAAAAUUACCGCCGUUAACGCAAUACAUUUGAUAGCCCUACUAUAAACCAAAACUACUCUGGAUGAGUGUAAGACAUUUUGUCUGUAACGUUAAAUACAAUUAGAAAAUGAUUUAAAUGAAAAAUAUAAAUAUAUU